AGGUAGGUUCAUUGCUCCUCGUUCAACGGCAAUACCCUCAAGACGAGGUGAUUGAGAGUUACAUAUAUUGAUACUCGGACAUGGCUCUCUCCGUCUUGAUGUUGAGCUUGGCUCUGUCUAGAGCACCGUUCCUCAGCCUUGCUCAAAGCGCAACCUCGAUGAGCGACCUGGAGUGGACAUUGACCAAUUCCAAUUACAGCAUAUCUGUGCCAGGAAAUGUGCCAUCUCAAGCUCAUCUCGACUUGUAUGAUUCGCAGGUCAUUGGUGAUCCAUACUACGGAUUGAACGAUUUCAACUUGAGAUGGGUGGCAGAAACAAAUUGGACCUAUACGACGAGUCUAUCUUCUUUAAACUUGUCGUCUAGUGCUUCAACAUGGCUAGUAUUCGAUGGUCUGGAUACCUUCAGCACGAUCAGCGUGUGCAACCAGCUGGUGGCAAGUACAAACAAUCAGUUUCGACAAUACUAUUUUGAUGUCACUCAAGCCCUGAGCAACUGCAAGUCACCAGAUGUCAGGAUCAAUUUUGGCUCGGCUCCGAACAUUGCAAACGCCAUUGCAAACACGUCGCUCAACGAGCCAUGGAAAGGUACACAGCUGAGCUACGAGUUUCCUAAUCGCUGGUUGAUUCGAAAAGAACAAUCCGACUUCGGCUGGGACUGGGGUCCAGCAUUUGCCCCGGCGGGCGUCUGGAAGCCAGCUUACAUUGUCCAGCUGAGUCGAAACCAGUUGUACGUCCGCAACACAUUGCUUGACAUCUAUCGUCAUGGCCAGCUCAAUAACCUACCACCUGAUCAGACACAGUCAUGGGUCGUCAAUGCCUCGCUUGAUGUUCUGGGCAGCAUACCACAAAAUGCUGGACUACGCAUUGACAUCAAGGACGUCAACAACAAAACAGUAACAAGCAGCGCCGCCAGCAAUGUCACCAUAUCCGGAGGGGCCAUCACCGGCAACAUCCUGGUCGUUGGCAACGCGGUCCAGCUAUGGUGGCCAAAUGGGCUUGGUCCCCAAAAUUUGUACUAUGCCACUGUUACUGUGUUGGGUUCCAGUAACAAUACGAUCGCGUCUUCCACCAAGCGUACUGCUUUCAGGACAAUUGUGUUGAACAUGGAACCUAUAUCUCAGAGGCAGCUAGCUCAAGGCAUCAAGAAUGGCAACAAUUGGCACUUCGAGAUCAAUGGCCACGAAUUCUUCGCUAAAGGGUCAAAUUUCAUUCCACCCGACGCUUUCUGGCCAAGGGUCACUGAGACACGGAUACAGCAGUUAUUUGAUUCUGUUGUUAGAGGGGGCCAAAACAUGCUAAGAGUGUGGGCUUCUGGGGCGUACCAACCCGAUUUCAUCUACGACAUUGCCGAUGAGAAGGGGAUACUCUUGUGGUCUGAAUUCGAGUUCAGCGACUCGCUCUAUCCAGUUGCCAAAAGCUUCCUCGAUAAUGUUCGAGAAGAAGCCAUCUAUAACGUCCGUCGAGUCAAUCACCAUCCCUCUCUGGCGUUGUGGGCUGGCGGCAAUGAACUCGAGAACCUCGAACUGUACCUUGCCAACCUGAGUGACCCGGGCAAUUAUUCUCGUUGGCAGCAAGAGUACGAGACACUAUUUCUGGAUGUGUUUCUUCCUGCUGUUUACGAAAAUUCCCGCUCGAUCUCGUACAUCCCCAGCAGCACGACGAACGGAUAUUUGACAUUGAACCAUUCAGCGGCUCAUCCUAUGAUCGAGCGUUACAACAAUCUGACACCAGGCUACAUCUACGGAGACACGGACCACUACGACUACGACAGCAGCGUCGCAUUCAACCUGUCCUCGUACCCGGUGGGCCGAUUUGCCAACGAAUUCGGCUUCCAUUCCAUGCCGUCGCUUCAAUCCUGGGAAGACGCCGUGGCCCCUGAAGACCUGCACUUCAACUCGACCACGAUCCAGCUCCGCAACCAUCAUUACCCGUCCGGCAGUCUCAACACGACCAACUUCCCCAACACCACAAAGGGCAUGGGCGAGAUGACGGUCGCCGUCGAAUUGUACUACCCAACGCCCAACAAGGCCGACCCGCUCGCCAACUUCUCGUCCUGGUGUCUCGCCACGCAGAUCUUCCAAGCAGACUUCUACCGCUCGCAGAUUACGUAUUAUCGCCGCGGAUCGGGAAUGCCGGAGCGCCAAUUGGGCUCGCUCUACUGGCAGCUCGAAGACAUAUGGCAGGCACCCACCUGGGCAGGCAUCGAGUACUCGGGCCGCUGGAAGGUGCUGCACUACGUGGCCAAAGACAUCUACUCGCGCGUUAUUGUCGCGCCCUACUGGAACUACACGACGGGAGAUUUGAGUGUGUACGUGACAAGUGAUCUGUGGGAGACGGUCAACGGCACCGUCGAUCUAACAUGGUACGACUGGUCGGGCAAGGUUUUGGCGAAUGUGAGCAAUACGAGCAACAGUGGUGGUAGUUCAACCAACAGUCCGGCCGAAAGCGGGUCUGUGUCUGUGCCGUUCAGCGUCGGCGCCCUGAACACGACCAAAGUGAUGCAGACCAACACGAACACGCUGAGCAAGACUGGUGUGGAUUUGACCAACGCCCUGCUGCGGAUGAAUCUGACAGCAAUGGGGCAUUUGCCGAAUAGCAAUAACGACACGCCGAGCACGUUCGCGCAUGAGUUCUUCUACCACCCGAUCUUGUCGCUGGCCGAUGCAAAGCUCACCGACCCCGGCUUGACGUUGAAGUCCAAUAAUGAUAGCGCGAGUCCGGCGUUCACGGUCGAAGCGACGACUGGCGUGGCUGCGUGGACGUGGUUGGACUUCCCCAGUGGUGUGCUGGGCAAUUUCGAGGACAAUGGCUUCUGGCUGGUUCCGGGCCAGGCCAAGACGGUCGCGUUCGAGGUGAAGAAUGAUACUACGGAUGGGCGGUGGGUGGAGGAUGUGACGGUGAGUAGUUUGUGGGACUUUACGACGCCGUAAGGGACGGAGGAAGUUGAAUGAUAUGUGACUCGCACACCAAGGAGAUUAAGUGUUUAAUUGGACAAGAGUGCCCUUGACCGGCAUGGUCAUGGGCCUUUGGAAUUCAAG